AUGGGAAAGAAGAGGGUCUGCGUGGUGGUCUUGGGCGACAUAGGCCGGAGCCCAAGAAUGCAGUAUCACGCGCAGUCUCUGAUCCUCCAAGGUUUCGAUGUCGACAUCGUCGGGUACACUGAUAGCCCUGUGCUGGACGACCUAAAGGAGAACGCCACGAUUAUCGGUGUUCGUAGACCGUUUCCGUUCGACCAAUAUGUUCCACAGAUGAUAGCAUUCCUAUUCAAAGUUGUAUGGCAAACACUGACGUUGUUCUGGGCCAUAUUGAUGAAACGCAAAUCCGAUAUCGUUAUAGUUCAAAAUCCACCUGCGAUUCCGACACUCGCUGUUUGCUGGUAUUACUGUCUGCUCGUCAAUGCAAAAUUUAUAAUCGACUGGCAUAACUAUGCAUACUCAAUACUUGCCCUGAAUUUGGGUUCUGAUGCACCUCUGGUAAAACUCUCACUAUUGUACGAACACACUUUUGGCAGAUUGGCUGAUUUUAAUCUAUGUGUUACUAAAGCAAUGAAAGAUGACCUGCAUAAAAAAUGGAAUAUCAAAGCUACAACCCUGUAUGAUCGCCCAGGACCACAGUUUAAAACAAUUACAUUAACUGAAAAACAUAAUUUACUAAAAAAAAUGAAUUUAAACAGUUUCACUGAGUUAUCAGAAACUGGAGAGGUACGACUAAAAUCCAACCGGCCUAGUCUCCUUGUGUCCAGUACUAGCUGGACUCCAGAUGAAGAUUUCUCUAUUCUAUUGAAAGCUCUACAAAAAUACGAUGAAAGUGAUGAUAUCUACCCAAAACUCAUAUGUGUUAUCACCGGGCGAGGCCCAUUAAAGUGUCACUAUCAACAUAUGAUUUUAAAUUUGAAGUGGAAAAAAGUUUCAAUCAUUACACCUUGGCUUGAAAAUAAUGACUAUCCACUUCUUUUGGCGUGUGCUGAUCUUGGUGUGUGUUUACAUGCGUCCUCGAGUGGUUUAGACUUGCCCAUGAAAGUGAUCGAUAUGUAUGGUGUUGGUUUACCUGUCUGUGCAUAUGAUUUUAAAUGCUUAAAUGAAUUAGUUCGACACAACGAAAAUGGUCUUAUAUUCUCCAAUGGAAAUCAGCUUGCAUUGCACAUUAUGACAUGGUUUAAAAACUUCCCUUCGGAGAUCUGUGAAAAACAAAGUAGAUUUCUCAAAGAAAUUGAUAAAUUUCGGGCGGUUGAUUGGCAUACAAACUGGAUGAAUAAUGCGUAUCCAAUUUUUUCAAACAACUAAGAUUAGUUUCCUUCUUUUGGCCAUUUAUUUUUAAAAACUUCAAUACAUUUAAAUUCCUUUAUUUAAUGUAAAAUUAUAGAUAUAAAUUUAUAAUUAAUUUCAAUCAUGCAUUUAUACAUAAAUUAUAAAAAUUUGUUACAAAAAUGUUAUUUCUUCCCAAGCACCAUUUCUGAAAACAUAAUUUCCCAAAAUCUGUCGACUAUUGUAGAAUAAAAACUAAAAACAAGAAACAUAACAUAUAAAUAAAUACAUUUUAUUGUUUCUAAAUAUUUUUUUAAGGACAAAUAAGUUGAAAAGAAUGCAAUUAUGUAACUGUUUUAGAAUAAUCUUGUGUUAUUAUAUAAAUAAGAUUUAAUUAUUUAUUUAAAAUGUCUACUUCGUAAUAUCAUAAUUUGUAUACCAAAAUAAUUGAAAAUCUAGUAGGGUAAAUCAAAUUGUUGUAGGAUAAGUGAAACAAUACAAAUUGGCUGAUAUUUAAGAUAAUAAUAGAAAAAAUAUUCAAUAAAAAAUAGUUUAAGACACAUGCAUCUAUAAUUUGAGUAUACAAUUUCUAAAUGUGUAGUUAUACUUAACAGGUAUUUUACUUUUUAAUGACUUCUUUUGUUAUUCCAUUAAUUGUUAAGCUAUAGUAACUUUUGGUAGAAGAUUAAUCAACAUAAAUAAAUAAUAAUGAAAAUCCCAACUUAGUGAUUUAGUAAAGAAAUACAUUUAAGAGGAUGUUGUUCCCUCCAAGCAAUUCUCUUAUUGUGGGACGUUACUCUGCUCUACAGAGACAUCUCUAUUCUCAUCUAUAUAACACUCAGUUUUUUUAAUUGUUGAAUUUUAUAAUAUAUAUGUAUUUAUUCUCUUUAUA